UGCGUGAUUACGUCACUCACGUUUACAGUCGGCCGUCGAAUUGUUGUGAGCAGCCCUCCGCUCGAGUCGUAUCAUUGACUGGAGUUCGGGAAUUUUACCAAUCCAACUCCACGGAAACCUUGCUCCCACUUCCCACUGCAGACGGCAAAGUAGCCUGUUCGUCAUUUCUCUCGCUUUACCCGCGGCGCUGCGUGAAUGUUGAAACGGCAAGCGGCUACUCUUCCGCGGCAGUGCAUGGGAGCGAUCUGGAGAAACGAAGAAAAGAAGGUUUGAUUGGAUCGGUGGUGGCUGAGGGGGUGGGGCAAUGAGCGAGGGGGAGGGGCACUUCUACAGUGUCCAGGUGGGCGACUCCACCUUCACCGUGCUGAGGCGCUACCAGCAGCUCCGCGCGAUUGGCUCGGGCGCCCAGGGCAUCGUCUGCUCGGCUCUGGACGUGGUUCUGGGCCUUCCCGUCGCGGUUAAGAAACUGAGCCGGCCCUUCCAGAACCAGACCCACGCCAAGCGGGCCUACAGGGAGCUGGUGCUGCUCAAGUGUGUGAACCAUAAAAAUAUUAUUCGGUUACUGAAUGUCUUCACGCCGCAGAAGUCGCUGGAGGAGUUCCAGGACCUGUACCUGGUGAUGGAGCUGAUGGAUGCCAGCCUGUGCCAGGUGAUCCACAUGGACCUGGACCACGAGAGGAUGUCCUACCUGCUCUACCAGAUCCUGUGUGGCAUCCUGCACCUGCACUCUGUUGGGAUCAUCCAUAGGGACCUGAAGCCCAGUAACAUUGUGGUGAAGGCCGACUGCACUCUGAAGAUCCUGGACUUCGGAUUGGCCAGGACUGCUUGCACUAACUUCAUGAUGACCCCGUACGUGGUGACCAGAUACUACAGGGCUCCCGAGGUCAUUCUGGGCAUGAAGUACAAGGAGAAUGUGGACAUCUGGUCUGUGGGCUGCAUCAUGGGAGAGAUGGUGAAGGGGAGCGUCAUUUUCCAGGGCACAGACCACAUUGACCAGUGGAACAAGGUGAUCGAGGUGCUGGGCACUCCCUCCCUGGAGUUUAUGGACCGGCUGAUGGAGACCGUGAGGAACUACGUGAUGAACAAGCCUCAGUUUCCCGGAGUCUGCUUCAGCGAACUCUUCCCCGACUGGGCCUUCCCCACCGAAUCCGAGGAGGACAAGAUAAAGACUUGUCAGGCUCGAGACCUGCUGUCCAAAAUGCUGGUCAUCGACCCCGAAAACCGAAUCUCUGUGCAGGACGCCCUUGCUCACCCCUACAUCCACGUGUGGUACGAUCCGGCUGAGGCGGAUGCUCCUCCUCCACAGAUCUCCGACAAGCAACUGGAGGAGAGAGAACACAGCAUUGAACAGUGGAAAGAAUUGAUCUAUAAAGAAGUUUUAGAUUGGGAGGAGAGGAACAAGAAUGGCGUGAUGAAGGAGGAGUCUUCCGACACGGCUGUGAACAGCAGCACCACUGCCUCUCAGUCUUCCUCCACCAACGACAUCUCGUCCAUGUCCACGGAGCAGACCCUGGCAUCGGACACCGACAGCAGCAGCACCGACGCCCUGACGGGCCCGCUGGAGUAAAGGCCCUGCCCCGUGUCCCCCUCGCACCCCCUCUCCCUCUUUACCUCUCUCUUUCUCUGCUCAUCUGUCUGUUCCUGGCAGCCUCCAACCAUUUACAAGGCCUUCCGGCCCCAAGAUAAAUAAGCAGCUUCCUGUUUUUGUUUUUUUGUUUUUUUUUUUUACUAUUUUUUUAUUUAUUUUGCGUCCCCAUUUCACAAGUCUGUUCUCAUUUUACGUGUGUUUGUGUGCUCUGAAUGGCCUGUUCUGUCCUGUGUGUGAGAGGGAGGGGCUGAGGAAGAGAAGGACUGAGGAAGAGCAGGGUUGCUAGGUUUAUCGCUCCACGCUCACAACAGCAUGGAAAUAUUGCAAGAUAUUACUGAGAAACCCCUCAACAGUAGGCCUUUUCAGUACUCUACGGUAAGCUUGAAGAGUAAUCCUGUACAAUAAGUCUCUACGGUCUCUACGGUAGGCCUUCACAGUAAGCCUCUACAAUAAGCCACUCCAGUAAGUCUCUACAUUGAGACUCUGGCCCGCAACCCCAACACCUGUAUUACAUACAGUAAUAUUCUACAGUAAGUCUCUACAGUAAAAUAAGAUAUACUUUUAUUGAAGCCUCUACAGUGGGCAGAACAACUAGCCACAGUAAAGCGGCAAAGUGGUGACGUUCUUCUCACAAAAAAAGACGCACCUAAGGGGCGGUUCCAUGCUUCACUUCCUGUUUAUUUUCAUCACCUCAACUUCCUCAUCUAAUCAACUUCUGCAUGUGGCUCAAAGUGACACCGGCUGUACGUCCGCUUCUUUCAUACGAGGCCAGACAAGCACACUCUUGACUAGAAGACGACUGAAAAAGAUCAUCCCUAUUCAGAGAUGACUUUUACUUUUACGUGCUUCUUAUUUGUAUUCUUACAAAUGGAGAUUCCUCAUCCCUCAUUUCUUCUGUUGAACAAGGAAAAAAUGAACAGUGUUAAUGUGAUCCACUGGUCUUUUAUUUGGGCUUUACUGGGUGGGUGUCUUUUUAAAAGUAAUAAUAUCGGUGUCUGUCUGUGAUUGCUUCUUAGCAGAAACACUGCCACCUGACCUGAGUGUUGAGGUGCAUGUAUUGUACACAAGUACAUAUCAGUUUAUUUUACAAAGGAAACAAUGGUCCAGUAUGAAAAAAUCUGUUUCUACAGAGGUACUGAUUGUCAGUAUAUACUGCAAAAAAAAGAUGAUUGUGAUUAUGAUUUUAAAAAUCGUAUUAACUUGAAAACAAAAUAGAAAACCAAAUGUUGUCGUUCUAAA